UUCGCUUCCGUGUUGGAUUGAACCUUCUCAGCCCCCGUAGGCUUUGAGUCGACGGGUCAAAAUGGAAGUAAAUCCCCCCAAACAGGAGCACCUGCUGGCCCUGAAAGUGAUGCGGUUGACUAAGCCUACUUUAUUCACCAAUAUUCCAGUAACAUGUGAAGAGAAAGACUUACCUGGAGAUCUCUUUAACCAGCUCAUGAGAGAGGAUCCUUCAACUGUAAAUGGUGCAGAAACUUUAAUGCUGGGAGAAAUGUUAACUUUACCACAGAAUUUCGGGAACAUAUUUUUGGGAGAGACCUUUUCCAGUUAUAUUAGCGUUCAUAAUGAUAGCAAUCAAGUGGUAAAAGAUAUAUUGGUAAAAGCUGAUCUUCAGACAAGCUCUCAGCGUUUAAAUCUUUCAGCCUCCAAUGCUGCAGUGGCUGAACUUAAACCUGAUUGUUGUAUUGAUGAUGUCAUACACCAUGAAGUAAAGGAAAUUGGAACACACAUCUUGGUGUGUGCAGUGAGUUAUACAACUCAGGGCGGAGAAAAAAUGUAUUUUAGAAAAUUCUUCAAAUUUCAGGUUCUCAAACCACUGGAUGUGAAAACCAAAUUUUACAAUGCAGAGAGUGACCUCAGUUCUGUGACUGAUGAAGUAUUUCUCGAAGCCCAGAUUCAGAAUAUUACCACCUCACCCAUGUUUAUGGAGAAAGUUUCAUUGGAACCAUCUAUAAUGUACAAUGUAGCAGAAUUAAAUUCAGUCACCCAAGCUGGAGAAUGUGUAACUACGUUUGGGUCAAGAACAUAUUUGCAGCCAAUGGAUACACGCCAGUACUUGUACUGCCUAAAGCCCAAGAAGGAGUUUGCAGAAAAAGCAGGCAUCAUUAAGGGAGUAACAGUAAUUGGAAAAUUGGAUAUAGUGUGGAAAACAAAUCUAGGUGAAAGGGGAAGAUUACAGACCAGCCAACUUCAGAGAAUGGCUCCAGGUUAUGGAGAUGUUAGGUUGUCUUUGGAGGCAAUCCCAGAUACCGUAAUCCUAGAAGAACCUUUUCAUAUUACCUGUAAAAUAACAAACUGCAGUGAGAGGACUAUGGACCUCGUUUUGGAAAUGUGCAAUACCAAUUCUAUCCACUGGUGCGGCAUUUCAGGAAGACAGCUUGGAAAGCUACACCCAAGUUCCUGUCUCUGCCUUGCCCUUACUCUACUGUCGUCAGUACAGGGACUGCAGAGCGUCUCCGGCUUAAGACUAACAGACACGUUUCUAAAGAGAACAUACGAGUAUGAUGACAUCGCACAAGUCUGUGUGGUAUCUUCGGCCACUAAAGUGGAAAGCUGAAGAAAAUGUCCAAUGUUAUGCUUUCCAUUGAGUUUUAGAAAACUUUCUGUAUUUCUCUUGCCUUUGUAAAAUGAUGAACAGUAAAAAUAAGUAUAUAUUAUUUAAGUUUCCUGUAAAACAGUUAAAAUAUUAAAUAUUUGUUUUGAAAAGACCAUCUACUGAUUUUAUCUUGAGAGUUGUAUUUUAAAAGAACGUGUAUAUUUUCUAUACAUAUCUAUUUGUUUCAGUUAGAUGACCAUUGGACUUUGUUCUCUAAAAGCUCUAUAUUUGAGGCCAUUUGUCUCUAGCAAGUAUCUAGGCCAGGGAUCAGCAACAUUUUUAUGUAAAGGCCCAGAUUCUAAAUAUUUUAGGCUUUGCAGGCCAUGUGGUUUCUAUUGGAAAUGCUGUUGUAGUGUGAGAUCAGCCAAUAGGCAAAAAGAGUCCAGGGGUGUUUACAAAAUGGGGCAGCUGGCCUGCAGGCUGCAAUUUGUUGACAGCUGUUUCUAAAAACUUCAGAAUUUUUAUAAUACAUUAUUCAGAAAUAUUUCAGUUAACUCCAGUUUUUUCCUAGCUCCUUAGUCAACAGAAACUUGUUUAAAGAAACUAGGAUGGUCCCCAAGUAACCUUAUAUUUGCUAGCACAGUAUGAAUUCUUAUAGAUGUUUUCAAAUUAUUGUGUUGGUGUGUAUCUGUGUUUGUGUACAACCCUGCACAUGUCUAAGUUUCAGUUACUAACAGCAGAUCAGAAUUGGUUUUAUUUCUUACAUUGUCGA